CAGCGACAGCCAGUUUUGGAUCGGAAUGUGCUACCACUUGAGCCUAGGAGUAUCGGAGGACUACGAGAGGGCAUUCGAGUGGUUCAGCAAGUCCGCUGAACAGGGCAAUCGAUACGGACAGAGAGAGCUCGGUGUCUGCUACGAAACUGGCGAAGGCGUGCCCGAGGAUAUCGACGCUGCUGUCUUCUGGUACCGCAAGUCCACGGAUCAGGGUCUGGAAGCUGCCAUCGGCAACCUCAAGGACCUCGGAAAAUGGCCCUGAUCCCGAUGCUGCCUCAACUAAGCAACGGACAGUGGACGAGCUCAAGCUGCGAUACCCUGAGUGGCAAGAAAGCGGCCACGAAAAGGUCGGACCGAUCGAUUAGCUCCUGGGCCUGACGAACAUAGUUGGCUACUACGAGCUGGAUGGCAUGAGAAUGUUCAACUGGCAUGAUCCAGAUGCA